UUGGCAAAAGCUUUUCUAUCAAGCAUAGUUUCUUAGUUCACUGUUUGAAUAACUAUGCCAUCACAACUGUAAGAUCCACUAAAACUUGGUCUCAUGGCAGAUCAUGAUGCAGAAUCUUCCUCCUCACAUUUCAUAUAUGAUGUUUUUUUGAGCUUUAGAGGCUUCACCCGAUACGGAUUCACGGAUCGCCUCUAUCAUGCUUUGUGUGAGAGAGGAAUCACCACCUUCAGAGAUGAUGAGAACCUCAGAGUUGGUGAUAGAAUCAGAGAUACUCUUCUUGAAGCCAUUGAAAGAUCCAGGAUGUCUAUUGCUGUGCUGUGUAAGGACUAUGCUUCUUCCACAUGGUGUUUGGAUGAACUAGUACAGAUCAUGAAGUGCUGGAAUAAUGGAAAACAUCAACCAGUUUUACCAAUCUUUUAUCUAGUGGAACCAUCAGAUGUGAGGCACCAGAGGAACCAAUAUGAAAAAGACAUGAUGAAGCAUGAAGACAGAUAUGGCAAAGACUCCCAUGAUAUAAAAGCAUGGAGGUCGGCUUUGCGUGAAGUGGCCGAUCUAAGUGGAGUGACUUGUACAGUGAAGAGCUAUGAAGGAGAGAUUAUCAAGAAAAUUGUUCAAGAGGUCUCGGAAAAGCUUCCUCCUGAACCACUAUACAUUAAGCAUCCAAUUGGCUUUGAUUCUCACUUUGAAGCAGUGGAAUCACUUUGGAAUAUUGAAUCCGACAAUACCAUUAGCCUGCUGGUCAUUUAUGGAGAUGGUAACAAGACCACAUUUGUUGGAGAGUUGUUUAACAAGUUCAGGCAUCAAUUUGAAGCUGCAAGUUUUCUUGACAAAGUGUCUGAAAAAUCAGCAAGAAGCGGCCUCGAAAAUCUCCAAAAGAUACUUGUGUAUGAGAUGGGUGCGCAUAAAAGACCUACGCGGGGAAGCACAUUAACAGGAUCUUCUGAUAUAAAACAAAGUCUCCGCGGUAAAAGAGUCCUUCUGGUUCUUGAUGAUGUUGCUACUACAGAACAGUUGCACUCAUUGGUAGGAAGAAGUGAUUGGUUUCAUCCUGGAAGCAGAAUUGUUAUAACAACAAGAGAUGUCAGUUUCCUAAAUAAUCAAGUGUUAGAUGGAUUCAAGAUUGAGAAAUAUUGCAUUAACGAAGGUGAAUUUGAAGGAAUGGGAGGUGCUAGAUCCAAUCAGAAGCAAGAUAAGGUCGUUGAGGAAGAUAUGGUGGGCUUUGUAAAUAUCUUUAAUUGUAUAAUUGAGCAGUUGAAGGAAAAUAAGUCAUAUCUUAAUGUUAUCUCCGUGAUAGGCAUGGGAGGUUUGGGUAAGACUACCCUUGUUAAAAAUAUUUACAACAACAAUGAGGUGAAGAAGUUGUUCUCUUAUUGUGUCUGGGUUACUGUUUCUAAGGACUACAAAGCCAAGGAGCUUUUUCAAAGCCUUCUACAAGGUUUUGGGUUUUCCGAGCCUAAUAUAGACGAAGACUAUCAAAAGAGCAUUCUCCAAAACUUCUUAGAGAAGAAGUAUUUGAUAGUACUUGACGACAUAUGGAAGCCUGAAGUUUGGGAUGAAAUAAAAUGCUUAUUUCCGGAUAACAAAAAUGGUAGUGCAAUAGUGAUAACUAGCCGGAAUGAUGGCGUGGCAAACUAUACAGGAUCAAAGUCCUACUACCCUCCAUUGCUAGAUGAAGAUGAAAGUUGGAAAUUAUUCUGCAAGAAGGUGUUUAAGGAAAGGAAGUGUCCUUCUGUUUUAGAACAUAUGGGUAGAUUAAUGGUCGAAAAGUGUCGAGGUUUACCGCUUGCUAUUGUAACCUUAGCAGGAGUUGUUGCUAAGAAGAGGAGAGAAACAGUUGAGUGGAGAAGAAUCGUGCGCAACGUUCUUUGGUACGUUGACAAAGAUGAUGGCAGAGUAACAAAUGUGUUAAAGCUCAGUUAUGACAGUUUACCUCAAAGAUUGAAGUCUUGUUUUCUAUUUUUGGGGGUGUAUCCCGAAGAUUAUAAAAUUAAUGUGAAACGAUUGAAACUGUUAUGGAUUGCUGAAGGAUUAAUACAACCGCCAAAAAUAGGAAUAUCAGAUGGUCCAGAAGUAGAAGAUAUUGCUGAAGAGUACUUGAAUGAGUUGGUGGAACGUAGCUUGGUGAUGGUGGUAGAAAGAAGGAGUGAGGGAGGGGUCAAAAGCUGCUGGAUUCAUGACCUUCUCCUUGAUCUUUGCAUAUCAGAGAGUAGAGCUGAUAAAGAAAUAGAGAUCUGCACGGAGAAGAACAUUAGUUCCUUGGGCAAUGCUAAAUCUUGUAGAUUGUCUCUUCGAGGCAAUUAUAUGGUUUCACUUAAGCAGUCCGAUCACUUCAGAAUCCAUUCUUUAAUCUGCAACUUUGGAUGGAUACAUGACAUAAGUCUACCGAGUUUCCCUUUAGCUCGCAUUGUGGACCUUGGAUAUGGUACUCUUCAUUCAUCAAUGGCCCGGGAUUUGGAGAUGUUUAUCUAUUUAAGAUACUUGAGACUAAGCAAGAGUUACUACCAAUCAGACGAGGUUGUUCCAAUCUGCUCCCUUCCAAAUCUAGAAACUCUAAUUAUUGAAAAUAUUGCUCUAUAUGGUCAUGAAGAUGACUAUAGUAAGACUACUUAUACUCUCCCACAUGAAAUAUGGAGGCUCAAGAAACUGAGACAUCUUGAAGGGAGGCUAUGCAUGACGAGUAACACGAUUCCAACGGACAUCCCCGGAGAAGACUGUUUGCCGAAUCUCCAAACCCUCCAAGUUGUCACUCUUGAAGAAGGAUUGACAGUAUCCUCCAUUGUUAAUGGGAGAUUCCCCAAGCUUAGAAAAUUGGGUUUGCGGUGGAAUAGCGAAAGUAAAUAUACAGAGCAUCAAUUAUUACAAGGCUUGCAUCACCUGGAAAAUCUAGAAAAACUAAAACUGGUGGACUUUGAGGAAUUACCAUUAAAAGCCUGUGAAUUUCCUUCCAGUAUUGCCAAGAUAAACUUAAUGUUAUCAGAUGAGGAGCUUCCAUGGUUUGGGGAAUUCAACUACAGUUGCUUGAAUACUCUGGGAGACCUCAUCAGCCUCCGUGUUCUGAAAGUAACCAUGCAAGGUUUGAGCAGUGGUGACUCUCUUCGCCUUGCUGCUGGAAGCUUCCGAAAUCUUGAAGUGCUUCAUUUGGCAGAGAAGAAUUUCAAAGAAUGGAUAUUAGAGAAAGGUGCAAUGCCAUCUCUCCAGCAUCUGAUCAUCGAAUUCUGCAACUUGGAUGAGCUUCCAGAGCAACUGUGGUCCUUGACUAACUUGCAAGUUGUGCAUGUUGUUGCCCCAAAGCCAGCAUUGAGAAAUAGCCUCGAACGUGUUAAGCCUAAGAAUGGUUGUAAGCUCAUCAUAGAAACACUCGACCAGUAUCUUGGAAGCUUAACUAAACGAAGCUAUCAAGUCCCACCAUCAAGCCCAGAAACUCCCACAUCCAACUGAAGUUGAAGUGAAUAGGUAGAAGCUUUUCAAUCUUCUCACAUUUUUAUUCAUUAUUUUCUCUCGAUGUCUCGAAUUUAUAUUACUCAGUAGAUACAUCCAUGAACUAGGCAGAGCUAUCAAGUCUAAUCACAAGCAUAUGCCAGGUUUUAACUUCACAUUUCAAACAUAUAUGUGGAGAAUGGUCCUGCAAGACUAUUACAUUGUUUCCACCAACCAUCAAUGCAUUGAAGAAAAGGCAAUUAGCUAUGAUGUAAGCUUUUUGGAAUCAUUUAAACAGAGGAAUCAGUAUUGAAAGAACCGAAUCUAAUGAUAGAUCAGUCAAAGAUAAUGCAACAAAGUAAAUAUUGCACGGUGAUAAAACAUAAAGAAACAAAUGUAAAACUUCAACUGCAUAUAUAGGG